AUGUCCCUGCCAGCCCUCUCCCGGCCCCUGUCCGUCGCAAGCGCCGUUCGCUCGGUACGUGUCGCCCGUGGCUGGGCGUCGCUGGCCAGCCUGGCUACGCCCUCGCUGCGCCCAUUUUCCCAUUCGCCGCUACGCCUCGACGCCCGCCCCAAAUCCCCUUCGCCGCCCUCUGCAUUCUCGUCGAGGGGCUACGCCGUCGGCAACACCGUCUCGGACCCUGCCGUCAAGCCGCCUCCCGGCCCGACGGGCAACACUGUCGAGCUCGACUAUGAGGCCUACCACCCAAAGUCCUCUGACGCCGCCGCCGCCGCCGCCCCACGCGUCAAGCCGCUGGGGCCCAUUGUCGUCUGCCACGGCCUCUUUGGCUCCAAGCAGAACUGGCGCUCCCUCGGCCGCGCAAUGGCAUCCCGCUUCGGCGUCGACGUCUACGCCCUCGACCUGCGCAAUCACGGCACCUCGCCCCACAUCGACGGCCUCGACUACCGCGACAUGGCCGCCGACGUCGGCAGGUUCCUCGCCGAAAAGGGCCUCGACAACGUCGUCCUCAUCGGCCACAGCAUGGGCGGCAAGGUCGUCAUGAGCGCCGUGCUCGAUGCCGAGAUCGGGAAACGCGUCAGCAAGCUCAUCAGCGUCGACAUGAGCCCCCGGCGCGGGCCGCUCAGCAAGGAGUUUGAGCAAUACAUGGAGGGCAUGGUUGAGAUCGAAGAGGCAAAGUGCGAGACGAGGAGCGCGGCCGACGAGCUCCUCCAGAAGAUCGAGCCCGACCUCGGCGUGCGGCAGUUCCUGCUGACGAACCUCACGCGCAACCCGCCCGACUCUGCCAGCUGGUCCUGGCGCAUCCCGGUGCGGACGAUGCAGAAGCACAUCUCAUCGAUCGGCGACUUCCCUUACGACGCCCCCGGCUCGACCGAUGAGGGCGGCAGCGGCGACGCGCGCGCGUGGGACGGCGACGUCCUCUUUGUCAAGGGUGCAAAGUCAAAGUACAUCAACCGCCGCAACGUGCCCACCAACCGCGCCCACUUCCCCAACUCCAAGAUGGUCGUGAUGGACACGGGCCACUGGUGCCAGGCCGAGAAGCCCAACGAGUUUGUCCAGGUCGUCGAGGACUUUAUCAAGGGCCAGACGGUUGACGUGACCGACGAGGCGCUCAAGCCCAGGAGCGCAUAG